AUGGAUUUGAAAAGUGGAGGUGAAGCCCGUUUUCUACAAAUCCACGAGCUUGAGGAGCUAAGGAGUCAUGCCUACAAGAGUUCUAGCAGAUACAAGGAACGAGUCAAGAGAUUUCAUGACAAGAGGUUGAGAGACCAUAAGGAUCUCCGUAUAGGAGAUCUCGUCUUGUUAUAUAACUCAAGAAUGCGUUUAUUCCCCGGGAAGCUAAAAUUCCGAUGGAUGGGCCCGUACACAAUUAAGGAAAUAUUUCCGUACGGGGCAAUAACUAUCGAAGAUCCAAACAGGGCAAGUUUCAAAGUCAACGGUCAUCGUUUAAAACUUUACAUCAACGGAUCGAUUGACCCGAUGGAGGAAAUUCUCGAACUCCACUUCCCGCACGCUUAA